UCCCUCUCUCUCUUUAUCUACUUUCUCUUUGAAAUUUAUGCAGUUGAUUCAUCAUCAUCUUCAUCUUCAAGAGAGAGAGAACUGAAUAUUCAUUUCCAAGAUUACAUUCACCCAUCUCCACCGUCUUCUUUAAUCCACUGUUACAUUUUAUUUCCAUAGUUUGCAGCAUGACAAAAGCUUUUUCGCCCUACUUUGAUCCCGAAUUCGAUUCCCUUUCUGAAAGGAUAAACGGCCCACCUUGUAGAGUUACAUUUGAUAAUGAAAGCUUAGAGGAUUAUACCAUUGUGAAGAUAGACUGUGUAAAGAAGCAAGAUCAACUUCUGGAAGUGGUGCAGGUUUUGACAGAAGUUAACUUAACCAUCUCAAAGGGCUAUAUAUCUUCUGAUGCUGGAUGGUUCAUGGACGUAUUCCAUGUCAAAGAGGAGAAUGGAAAGAAAGUGUCUGACCAAAGUGUCAUCAACUACAUCCAACAGACUAUAGGUUCGAAACGAAUAGAUCCAUCAAAGAUUACAACUCAAACAAGUAAGAUGUACGACGCUAAUCCUCAAGAAGAGCCAACAGCUAUUGAAAUGACCGCCACAGACCGCCCAGGCCUGUUUUCAGAGAUAUCAGCAGCCCUGGCGGAUCUCCAUUGCAACAUUGUUGAAGCCCAUGCUUGGAGCCAUAACACCCGUUUGGCUUGUGUAGCCUACAUAUCAGAUCAAUCCUCCAAUACACGCAUUGAUGGCCAUCGUCUUGCAGCUAUCAAACACCACCUCAACACCAUUCUACAUGCCUCUAACAUUCCCGAAGACACUAGUCUACAGUCCUUACAAUAUAAAGACGCUAAGUCCAUUGGCCUUAUAGGGGCUGGCGUCAGUGAAGGCACCAUGACCACCGUGGAACGGAGGCUGCAUCAACUCUUGCUAUUGGCUCAGGACUUUGAUGUGCCACCAGUACAACGGCGCACCUGCUCUCCUGGGAUCUCAGUGGGAGUGGAUUCUAAUGGUGAGAAAGAGGUUGAAAAGACGAGCGUUUUGAUAGAAAAUUGCUCUGAGAAGGGAUAUUCUAUCGUCACUGUGCAAUGUAAGGAUAGAAGACGACUUAUGUUUGAUACGGUUUGCACACUUGCAGAUAUGCAAUAUGUGAUAUCUCAUGCAUCUGUUGAUUCUCAUGGAGGCUAUGCCUUUCAGGAGUAUUUUGUAAGAAAGAUUGAUGGAGGUGCAUUGUGCUCAGAGAGUGAGAAGCAGCAUGCCAUGAAAUGCUUAGAGGCUGCAGUAGAGCGUCGUGUAUGCGAGGGAACCCGGCUAGAACUAUGUGCAAACAACAGGGUAGGGUUGCUAUCAGACAUAACUAGAGUUCUUCGGGAGAAGGGGAUAGUAGUACUGAGAGCCGAUUUAGCAACGAAAACCGACAAAUCUACAGUGGAUAUUACGUUCUAUGUGAGGGACAUAGUUGGAAACAAUGUGGAUGUUGAGUUGGUGAAAUCCAUGAAGAGAGAGAUGGGUCUAAUAGAUCUAGCAGUGAAAAAUGAGAAAGUUGUGAAGCCAUCACCUGCUGUGAAGCCCAGGUUCUCAAUUGGUGAUAUCUUUAAGUCUCAGAUUGAGAGGCUUUCACAUAGUCUCUUGACUUACAUGUAAAUUGCUUGGUUCAAUAGGGUUUCGUUAGUUAGGUUUUUGUUCAAGAUUUUUCUUUAGGUUUUGCAGAAUAU